UCCAUUCAGAAUGGAAUAUUACAGAUUUCCCAUGGCCUGCCUCUAAGCUUCUUGCGAGUAAUCAAUGAAUCCAAGACCCAAACUCAGAUCACCGCCACUACCCUCUCCAUCUUCUCCGCCCUCUCCCAAAUCCCUAACCCCAAAUCUCAACAACAAAAUGCCCCCUAGAAAAUUAAAUCUCAAACCCACUACUCUUACACUUGCCACCACUUUGUUCUCUAUCUUAGCUUUAUAUGUUUUCUUCAACACCUUCAUAUUCCCUAACCCACCAAACAAUUCCACUACAAGAAACUCUUUAUUUGGUUUCAGAGAAAAAAAUACCCACAAUUUCCCACCGGUGAAAGUAUAUAUGUAUGAUCUGCCUCGGAAGUUUACAUAUGGGGUUAUUGAGAGCUAUGCAUUAGCAAGGGGAGGUGAGAAACAGCGUGAUGAUUCUUUGCUUAAGUAUCCAGGGAAUCAGCAUUCUGCUGAGUGGUACUUGUUUUCCGACCUGAACCGGCCGAGUCGAGAACGGGGUGACUCGGCCGUGACUCGGGUUAUGGACCCUGAGAAAGCUGACCUUUUUUACGUGCCUUUCUUCUCAUCGUUGAGUCUCGUGGCGAAUCCGAUUCGACCCGGUACAGUUGUUGCACCCGGGGAUAGGCCUGUAUAUAGUGAUGAGGAAAUGCAGGAAUCUUUAAUUGAAUGGUUGGAGCAGCAGGAGUAUUGGAAAAAAAACAACGGCUGGGAUCAUGUAUUUAUAUGCCAGGAUCCUAAUGCUUUAUACAAGGUUGUGGAUAGGGUGAAGAAUGGGGUACUGUUAGUUUCUGAUUUUGGAAGAUUGGCUCGUAAUCAAGCAUCACUUGUUAAGGAUGUCAUCUUGCCGUACUCACAUCGGAUCAAUACAUAUACGGGGGAUAUUGGCGUUGAAAAUCGGAAUUCCUUGCUCUUCUUCAUGGGCAAUCGAUAUAGAAAGGAGGUAAUUGAUUGAAAUUUUUUCUUUAUU